AUGUCGAAGAACUCGAAGCUGGCAUACGAGGCAAAGGAGCCCGCUUUCCUCCAGAAGCUCCGAGGCCAGUACGGGAAUACCACCGGUCGCCUAGAACGACCAGUCGAGCGACCGCGAAAGCUCAAGAGCCGCCAGGACGAAGAGGAUGAUGAGCCCACCUAUGUCGAUGAAGAGAGUAACGAAGUGAUUUCCAAGGAGGAAUACCGGGCCCUGGUGGGUGCGAGCGACCAAAAAGAGCGAGAGGCGCUCGAGAACAAAUCCGAUGGAGAGAACCCAGCAUCCUCUCAAACAGAGUCCACUGGCACUAAACAGAGCAAUCUCACCGAGGUUGGCGGCCAGAGGAAACGAAAACAAGCAAAAGUAGUGGGCGAAGACAAGGCAGAGCCUGAAGAGCCCGAAGAGCCACCUCCCAAGGGCCCAACUUCGCGGAAACCCAAGAAGCAGAAGAAGAUCAAGCUAUCCUUCGAUGAAGAAUAA